UGAUGAACACAAAAAACAUAAAGAGACUGACUGCAAUGGCGGCCGCGUUUCUGCCGGCGACGACGCUCCGUCUCACUCCCUUCUCUACUCUCAGAUUCUUAUCCUCAUUCCCUCUUUCUAAUCCUCUCUUCCGCCCUCUACGCCGCCCGCUUCUCGAAGGUUUUCCGACAAAUGCUCGCCGGAGAUGCUUUUGCACCGCCGUCCCCCAAUCUCCCGGUUCCGGCGAGGGAAAGAAGGUGGAGAACAACUACGAGAAUCGGUUCGGGAGUAUAGUUGGAGAAUUCAGGAGGAAGUUGAAGAUAGCUGAAGUGAAAGGAGGAGCAGACCAAGGGUUGAGUCGGGUCGGGCAGAGCCUCAGCAUCAUGGGUUGGGUCCGUACACUUCGUUCUCAGAGCAGUGUCACGUUCAUCGAGAUAAAUGAUGGUUCAUGCUUAUCCAACUUGCAAUGUGUGAUGAAUCCUGACGCUGAGGGGUAUGAUCAGGUAGAAUCUGGUUCGGUGUUGACUGGAGCAUCGAUAUCGGUACAAGGUACUAUUGAGGCCAGCCAGGGGACUAAGCAAAAGGUGGAGCUUAAGGUUGACAAAAUCAUUGUGGUUGGCAAGUGUGACUCUUCCUAUCCGGUUCAGAAGAAGAGGGUUAGCCGGGAAUUUUUGAGGACCAAGGCUCAUCUUCGUCCAAGAACCAAUACUUUUGGAGCGGUAGCGAGGGUUAGGAAUGCUCUGGCUUAUGCUACGCACAAGUUUUUUCAAGAAAGUGGAUUUUUCUGGGUGGCAAGCCCAAUUAUCACUGCUUCGGAUUGUGAAGGAGCUGGAGAACAGUUUUGUGUCACCACACUCAUUCCUAGCUCCCAUGAGACCACUGAUACUUCCAUUGAUGCGAUCCCUAAAACAAAGGGAGGGUUGGUCGAUUGGUCUCAGGACUUCUUCGGGAAACCAGCAUUCUUGACAGUCUCUGGCCAACUCAAUGGAGAAACUUAUGCCACCGCUCUCUCAGAUAUAUACACGUUUGGUCCUACAUUUCGAGCAGAGAAUUCCAACACUUCCAGGCACUUGGCUGAAUUCUGGAUGAUUGAACCAGAACUUGCUUUUGCCGACCUGAAUGAUGACAUGGCCUGUGCCACCGCCUACCUCCAGUACGUCGUAAAAUACGUUCUUGAUAACUGCAAGGAAGACAUGGAGUUUUUUGAUACGUGGAUUGAGAAAGGAAUCAUUCAUCGCUUGAGUGACGUAGUUGAGAAAGAGUUUCUACAGCUGGGUUACACAGACGCCAUUGAACUUCUUCUGAAAGCAAACAAGAAAUUUGAAUUCCCGGUGAAGUGGGGGCUCGAUUUGCAGAGCGAGCAUGAAAGGUACAUAACAGAGGAGGCAUUUGGGGGUCGUCCUGUGAUAAUAAGAGACUAUCCCAAGGAGAUAAAAGCGUUUUAUAUGCGUGAGAAUGAUGAUGGGAAGACAGUGGCAGCAAUGGAUAUGCUCGUGCCUCGGAUAGGUGAACUGAUAGGUGGAAGCCAAAGAGAGGAAAGACUUGAAGUGUUGGAAGCGAGACUUGAUGCUUUGAAACUCGACAAAGAGAGCUACUGGUGGUACCUUGACCUCCGUCGCUAUGGUUCAGUUCCUCACGCGGGAUUUGGGCUAGGGUUUGAGAGACUGGUUCAGUUUGCCACUGGAAUUGAUAAUAUCAGAGACGUUAUUCCUUUCCCGCGCUCACCUGGAUCUGCUGACUUCUGAUUCACGUCUCAUUUUCAUUCUUUUACACACCCUUACCUCUAUUUUUUUUUUUUUCAUUUCCUCCAAAUUAAUGUACUAUUAUGUGCCAUAAUGUUCGAUAAAAAAAAGGAAUUUGUCAUAUUACAAAGGGUUGUCUUUCUAUAUUUAAUAUAAUUUAAGCCUAUU